AUGGGGGAAGGGAAGGGCUCCUCCUUGGUCUACCUUCUCGUUGUCGUCCUCAGCCUCGUCGCCUUCGGCUUCGCCAUUGCCGCCGAGCGCCGUCGGAGCACUGUACGUCUCUCUCUCUCUCUCCCUCUCUCCUCCCGCCGUCCUCUCUCUCCCGGAUCUCGUUUGCUGUGGCUAGGAAUCGUUUUCUUGGGUAGAGAGCAGAUGUCUGGAACGGGUGGGCCUCUCUUGUUGAUGGGUUCCUCGCGGAAUCUACGGGUUCAUCUUGAGACUUGCCUGUGCGCCAUUUUCAUCAUCUCCGGCAUCUGCAAGGUUUUCCUUCAAACGACUGGCUGUUUCGGGGAAUCUGUCGAGGGUUUUGACCGGGGUUCCCUGGGGUUUUAGGAUUAAUCCCCUAAAAGUUACUACGCCGCCGUCUAGCAUCACGUCAGAUCGUUCUUAGCUUCGGAGUGUUCUAUUCCUCCUGCGUGGUUUGAUGAUGUUCCCUUUGAAAGGUGGGCACUUGGGGUGGAAGAGGUAGCGUUCAGUCCCUUCUCGACUGCAUCUGCUCAGUCGGGGAUGCCUCUGAGUGUUCGAAGACGUUGGGGGAAUACAUCAUCUACCAUCUUUUUGGAGGAUCCCUGGUUGAGGGCGUCAUUGGCCCCCAUGAGUUUAAAGGCUGCAAGAUUCUUUUCCUAUUUUCCCCAGAUUAUAUGUUCUUCGCAGACAGCACUCCCAAGCGCGUAAAUUAUAUGUUCUCAUGAAGAUUUCUUCCCAAAAUCUCCUUAGAACAGAUUUCUCCCAAGCCCGCAUUUUUCCCCUUAUUUGCCCUUCCCUCGAACGCUUUUCCUCUCUAUCUCUCUCUCUCCCUCUCUCUGGCGCUUACAAACACUUGCGGCGUUUAAUUUUUCAAAUUUUAUGACCUGGUCUCACCUUAACAUGCUAGAAGAUCCGCCAUUUUUAUAAUAAUGGAGUGAAUAAGAGGUUAACAGAUAGGAAAGAGAAGCGGUUCCUUGUUUUCAUCGGUCUCAAGGUCAACGUUCAAGGUUCUUGGCAUGUAGCUAUUUACAUGAAUCUCUUUUCAUACCUAAAUUUCUGGAUAUUAAUACAAUUUUAUAUGCGUAUGUAAGUUUAUAUAAAUCUUUAUCUUCUACUUCUCCUUCUCCUCCGUCAAUGUCUCUGCAUCUUUCUCAGUACAUAGUUGACUCUGGUUGCUCGGAUUUUUUUAAUAAUGUACUUUCUUGAGUACCAUUGACCAUCCAUGAACAGAUGCAGCAAGUGGGGAAGAACAAGAUCCCUGACUUGACCCUGCAGUUAGAUGAGUCUGGGUUCAUGCGUAUUUUGUUCUUUUCUGUUUUUUUUCUUCUCCCCUUCUGAGAUUGUAGUGAGAGAAAUUGAGUCAGUGUGACCCACCCUCAACCCAGUGGCCACUUGCACUAAAUCUGUCUUUGAUGUUAUAUAGUUGACUUUUAGCCAGACAAAAAACCUUUCUUCAUAUAUGUUCUUACUAUAUAAUCUUUGAUGUCAUAUAGUUGACUCUUAGUUCAUUUAAUUCUUUUGCGGACCUGUCGAAUGCCCUAAAAAAUUAUUUCCGCUUUCCUUGUUACGAUCCAAUUCAUUUAUUUACUGGUGAUUUGAGUGGUGGUUCCUGAAUUUGUUGGUGCCAAUUUCAAUUUUGACUUUUUCCUGAGGUCGCAUGCCACUGUGAGUGUAUGACUCGGAUGUGACUUUCAUCUGCAGGGGCGGAUAGAGAUCGACCCCACCAAUGGCAACUACACCUUCUGCGUGUACGACUCUGAUGUGGCCACUGGCUAUGGAGUCGGCGCAUUCCUGUUCCUUUUCUCGAGUGAGAGUUUGCUCAUGGCCGUCACCAAGUGCAUGUGCUUCGGCCGCCCCCUGGCCCCUGGGGGCAGCCGUGCCUGGGCCAUCAUAUACUUCUCCUCCUCACUGUAUGGACUUCUCUCUCUCUCUCUCUCUCUCUCUCUCGCACUCUCUCUCUCUGUAUCUAUCUAUAUAUAUAUGUACUUGGGGUUGACUUCGUGGUAGGUUGACCUUCUUGAUCGCGGAGGCCUGCUUGGUUGCGGGGGCGGCGAAGAAUGCAUACCACACCAAGUACAGGGGCAUGGUCUAUGCUCAGAGCUGGACCUGCGAGUCACUGCGGAAGGGGGUGUUCAUUGCAGGCGCGGUGUUCGUCGUCUUCACCAUGAUCCUCAACGUCUACUUCUACAUGUACUUCACCAAGGCCACCAGGCAAGCUGCCGCCCGGAAGACAACAACCGGUCGCCCAAGCUCCUCAACUGUGGGAAUGGCUGGCUAUGCCUGA